AUGACCGGUCGCACACCAAGGAAAAGCCGUAUCUCUGCACCCAAUGUCCCAAGUCAUUCACGCGGAAGUACGGCAUAUCCCCUUACUCAACUUCUCCACCAGCAUUUACUGAGUUAUCUCAACAACAGAGACCUCCUGGCCCGCCAUGAACGCCUGGCACACAGUGACGCCACUCCCGGCCAAGGAACAGCAUCAUCGCCUUCCGUAGCAUCUCCCCAAGUCUUUGAUGGCCUUAAUGUCUUGGCCUCUGCAGUAACCGAUCAUCCUACUCCUGCCACGAUACCAGGCCCACAGGCCCUACUCCCAGGUGCUCAUGAGCAGUUUACUCCCGGCCUGGCCGCUUCUGUGCAGGGCCAUCCGAUAGCCACUUCCAAUCCAUCCGGACAAGGACCUCCAGGAUCUACUGGCUUCACUGAGCCAUUUGUCGGUUACGGACCAGCAAACUCUUACGAUGGUGAUGAUUUCACGACCUUCCUCGACAGUAUCCCGCUUCCCAGCCAUCCGUUCUCACCUACCUAUCAGCCCCUUCCACUAUUCCCCACAUUCCACUUUGACUCCGCAUCAGAGUACAGCCAGCCUGUUGCGAAGGCAAACAACGAGGUUACAACUCCCUCCAGCUCUAUUCUUCCUAGACAUGGAACACAGCUACCGUCGCUUCAGCCCGAAGGUGCUCAUAUGCCUUACAAGACCCGUGACCCGAGUGCUCCUAUCUCGGUUACCGCGCAAUGCCGUGAUCGCAUCGUCGCCGAAUUGUCGAGUUAUUCGAACGUGGUUCCUAACCCCUACACUCCAUCCAGACAUGCCCUGUCCAGAUGCAUCAGCGCUUACAUGACCAACUUCCACUGCCAUUAUCCAUUUAUGCACCCUCCCACCCUCGAUGUCGAUUCCUUGCCUCUCCAUCUAAUCUUCGGUAUGGCUUCCGUGGGUGCCCAGUACUGCCGGGAACCCGAAACAAGCAUGAGCCUCUACAAAGUGGCCAAGGCUGUGACUCUCGAACAUAUACGAAGGGACCUGCAAUGGGGGUGUCUAAGUCCGCAGACGGAGGGUCCGGUGGACCCCGUAUCUAGAGGCCAGGAUAUCAUUGAGACGGUGCAGGCGCUCUUGAUGCUCAUUUCUGUUUCGUGUUGGUUUGAGCGCGACCCGCCUCAUCACGAAGCAUUAUAUAUUCGAAGCUCCAUGGAGACACUCCUUCGGCAAGGAGGACUCAAUGACUUACCAGCCCAAGAUGGGUCCUGGGAAAGCUGGAUCCGCUAUGAGAUGGUCAAACGGACAAAGCUCAUUGUGUUCUGUUUCUUCAGUGUCCACACGAUCGUCUUCGAUAUUCCGCCGCUGAUCUUAACCGAGGAGCUGACGCUGGACUUGCCCUGCACUGAGCGAGAAUGGACAGCAACCAGUGCAAGUCAGUGGCUGGAAGAGCGCAGCCAGAGUCGUGGGGAACCGAAAUUACAAGAUGCCAUGAACUCUUUAUUCACUCACACCGGUGCCGCUAAGACUAGCCUGGAGAGUUUCUCUUCCCUGGGGGGAUACGUGCUUAUUCACGCGAUGAUCCAGAACAUCUGGUUAAUACAAAAGGCUAGCAGGCUCCCUGUCUCCAACGGAAGCUUUCUGUCCCCGUCUGUGAUUACAUCCUUAGAGCAAGCUCUGGAACUCUGGUGUCAAUGCUGGGAGCACAACCAGGAGUCCUCAAUCGAUCCUUUCAACCCGCACGGGCCAGUGUCCUUCACGUCCACGGCUCUCCUCCGUCUGGCGUAUAUACGACUCAACGCUGAUUUCAGCUCCGCCCGUCGACUGGAAACAUGGAAUCCGGAUGAGGUCGCCCGAUCUCUCAAGAACAACUUGUCCGUGCAAAGGAGCGACCGUCUAACCCGAGCUGCAUUACACUGUGCCCAUGCACUUAGUACACCCAUUAAAUUGGGCAUCAACUAUGUCGCGCGCACCCUCGUUGUAUCCUGGUCGAACCAAUACGCAUUAUGCUCCCUGGAAUGUGCCGUGCUACUUGCCAAAUGGCUCGAAGUGGCCACGAUCCCCAAUCCAGAACCCAGCUUGACUGAGCAAGAGAACAAAUUGCUGGAAUUCGUGCUGGAAAUGGUUAUGGAAGCUCAGCAUGGGGUGUCCCGUGAAUGGCUGCUCGCGAAUAACACUCGUCUUAGUGCUACUGUCACCAGGCUAUGGGCCAGGCUGUUUACAGCAGAUUAUAUCUGGCAGCUGGUGAACCUAAUUGGGAGUUCUCUAAACAGAUAUGCUGACAUACUGGAGAGCGAUGGCUGA